CCCCGGCUCCGGACGUCGCGCCCAGCUGCGCCGGACGCGCGCCGCACGUCGGCGGGCACGCGCACGCUCACGUCGGCGCGCACGCACUGUCCGGCGCGGGUCCACGCCCGGAAGGACCGCAGCGCGGGACUCUCUCGGUGUCAGAGGUACCCGAGCGGCCCUGAAGAUGUCGUACAUGCUCCCGCACUUGCACAACGGCUGGCAGGUGGACCAGGCCAUCCUUUCGGAGGAAGACCGGGUGGUCGUCAUCCGGUUUGGACACGACUGGGACCCCACUUGCAUGAAGAUGGACGAGGUCCUGUACAGUAUAGCCGAAAAGGUGAAAAAUUUUGCAGUUAUCUAUCUUGUGGAUAUUACAGAAGUGCCUGACUUCAACAAAAUGUAUGAGUUAUACGAUCCAUGCACCGUCAUGUUUUUCUUCAGGAACAAGCACAUCAUGAUUGACCUGGGUACUGGGAACAACAACAAGAUCAACUGGGCCAUGGAAGACAAGCAGGAAAUGAUAGACAUAAUCGAGACCGUGUACCGAGGCGCCCGGAAGGGUCGGGGCCUGGUGGUGUCUCCAAAGGACUACUCCACAAAAUACAGAUACUGAGCUCUCAGCCCAUUCUCUGUGCAUAUAAAUGUUGUGGAGUCCUUUUCAUGUGGAAAUACCUUGAACUAUUUAAAGCCUUAGAGCAUUUGGACACGAAGAAGUAAGGGUUGCAUGGCCUCAACUUUCCGGCCGCCGGGCCAUUGUAUUUUUAUAUUAGCAAAUAUCUGUAAAUACCUAGCUGAGAUAAAUAAAAUACGCAGUGAUGGAAAGCCA